AUGUCAAUUUUUGUAUCAGAGAAGCUGGUUAUAAGUCAUGAGAAUAAAGAGAAUGUCACUAAUGACAUAUUUGUCGAUAAGGACCUGGCAAAAAGUAUUUCAUAUGACCUAGAAGACGAUCAUAAUGUGUUUGCAGAUGACAAAACAGGCCCUGAUUUCAGAGGAGUUUCUUGCUUAGGAGGUGCUGCUUUGAUUGCCAAAGCCCAGUUCGGUGUAGGUGUGCUAGGGUUACCUCAAACUUUCGACGUAUUGGGAUUCAUUCCAGGUUUAAUAUCGAUUAUUGGCUUAUUACUCCUAAGCACAUGGGCGGGCUUUGUAAUGGGGAAGUUUCGUCUCGCUCACCCGAAUAUUCACAAUGUUGGAGAUGCUGCUUGUCUUAUGUUUGGUAAACGUGUUGGUGAUAUCUUUGGAUAUGCAUUUUGCCUACUAUAUACCCUCUUAUACUCAACAGCCCUUCUUACACUUUCUAUUGCCUUCAAUACGUUCAGUGGUCAUUCCAUUUGUACUACCGGCUGGAUUGGUGUUGGGGCUGCCAUGUCUCUUGUUGCCGGCCUUUUCACGAGAACUUUAAAAGUUAUAUCAUGGUGUGGGUAUGUUGCCGUGGUCUCAAUUUUAUCAGGUGUAUGGGUUAUUACAAUCGCUUGUUUAGUUCAGGAUACCCCCGCAAUGGCACCAGAGGGAGAGCCUAUUAAUAAAUCGAUCCAGGUGGUUGCUACUGGUACAUCUUAUUCAGCUAUUUGUGCUGCUGUUGCUACUCAGGUGUUGGCGAUUUGUGGUACGUCUUCAUUUUUUAUGAUUCAUGCUGAAAUGAGGGACCAGGCUCAAUAUAUGAAGUCAGUUCUCUUGGGUCAAGGAUUUGUUGCGUUUAAUUAUAUUGUAGUUAGUUGCAUUGUCUACGCUAAAGUUGGUCAAUAUAUUGCAUCGCCAUCUCUUGGAACGGCUGGUAUGUACCUUCAGAAAGUUGCAUAUGGGAUUGCCUUUCCUGGGCUUUUUUUUGGAUGUUUUUUCCAAGCACAUAUUGCUGGUAAAUACGCUCUCGUUCGAAUUUUAAAAGGAACGGAACACUUACAGAGUAAUUCUAAAAUACACUGGAUAACUUGGCUAAUUGUGAUGAUUUUGGUUAUUGCAAUCGGAUUUGUAGUAGCUGCUGCAAUUCCUUUCUUUGAUGAUUUAUUAGGUCUAAUUGGUUCCCUUCUUGGUACCAGUUUUACACUUAUAAUGCCUGGAAUCAUGGCCCUUCACCUGUUAGGCACAGGUUUGAAUGAACAAACUUAUGGUGGUUUAGGCUGGAUGAAAAGUACUAGAGCGGUGUGGAGAAAAAGCAAAAUGAAUAUUUUUAUUGUUAUAGUAUCAUUUUUCGCAAUUGGCGCUGGGUGUUAUGUCUGCGUUUCAGGAGCCUACGGAUGUAUAGUAAAUAUCAUCGACGGUUUUGCAGACAAUUCUGUCUCAAGUGCGUUCUCCUGUGAAGAUAAUAGUGGCUGA